AUGGCGACCGAAGAGGCCAAGAAGAGCCGCACCCGCGUCUUCUUCGACAUCACGAUCGGCGGCAAGAACGCCGGCCGCAUCGCCUUUGAGCUCUACGACGACAUCGUCCCCAAGACGGCCGAGAACUUCCGCUGCCUGUGCACCGGCGAGAAGGGCCUCGGCAAGUCGGGCAAGCCCCUGCACUACAAGGGGUCGCUCUUCCAUCGUGUGAUUAAGCAGUUCAUGAUCCAGGGCGGCGACUUUACCGAGGGCAAUGGCACCGGCGGCGAGUCCAUCUACGGCACCAAGUUCGAGGACGAGAACUUCCAGCUCAAGCACGACAAGCCUUUCCUGCUGAGCAUGGCCAACGCCGGACCCGGCACCAAUGGCUCCCAGUUCUUCGUCACGACCGUCAAGACCCCCCACCUCGACGGCAAGCACGUCGUCUUCGGCGAGGUCAUCUCGGGCAAGUCCAUCGUGCGCCAGAUCGAGAACCUGCCCACCCAGUCCGGCGACAAGCCCGCCAAGGACGCCGUCAUCGCCGACUGCGGCGAGCUCACCGGCGACGACAUCCCCGGCGACGCGCCCAAGGCGCCCGACGCCCUCGGCGACGCCUACGAGGACUACCCCGAGGACGAGGCCGACGGCGACAAGGAGCUCUCGGCCGAGAGGGUCCUCAAGAUCGCCACCGACUGCAAGGACUUUGGCAACAAGGCCUUCAAGGCCGGCGAGUUCGAGCGCGCGCUCGACAAGUACAGCAAGGGCCUGCGCUACCUCAACGAGGACCCGGACCUCGACGCCGCCCCCGAGGGCACAAAGGCCAAGAUGGACGCCGUCCGCUUCACCCUCAACAGCAACUCGGCCCUCAUGAACAUCAAGCUCCGGCACUGGGGCGACGCCCGCGCCGCCGCCUGCAACGCCCUCGAGGUCGCCGGCAUCACCGACGCCGAGCGCGCAAAGGCCCUCUACCGCCGCGCCCUGACGAGCAUCCAGAUGAAGGACGAGGACGAGGCCCUCAACGACCUCGAGGAGGCCAACAAGCUGGUCCCCGGCGACGCCGCCAUCACCAAGGAGCUGACGGCCGUCAAGAGCGCGGCGGCUAAGAGGCGCCAGAAGGAGAAGGCUGCCUACAGCAAGUUCUUCUCUUGA